AUGGCUUUCAUGGUGAUUCUCGUUCUGUUUUUCACGUUAAGUUUCAAUCCAUUGACAGCUGAUGCCUCGGAGCAAAGCAGUCUACAACCUUACAUUGUUCAUGUCAAGAUGCCAGACAACCAAAUUUUCGCUAAUUCGGAAGAUUUGGAAAGUUGGUAUCAGUCAUUUUUGCCGACAACCACUGCAACCUCAAACGAAUCACCGCACAUAAUCUAUUCAUACCGUAAUGUAGUCACCGGGUUUGCGGCCAAAUUGUCCCCGGCAGAUGUGAAAGCCAUGGAAAAGAAGGAUGGCUUCCUGGCCGCCCGGCCCCAAUCAGUAUUAUCUUUGCAUACAACCCACACUCCUAACUUCUUGGGGUUGCACCAAAAUUUAGGCUUUUGGAAUAGCUCAAAUUAUGGUAAAGGUGUGAUUAUUGGGGUCUUGGACACCGGGAUAUGGCCAAGCCAUCCUUCGUUUAGCGAUGAAGGAAUGCCACCGCCGCCUGCUAAAUGGAAGGGAAAGUGCGAGCUCAAUAGCACUUUUUCUUGUAAUAACAAGCUCAUCGGUGUAAGGAAUUUUGUGAGCAGAGAAACUGAGAUAGCGGUCGAUGACGAUGGACAUGGUACUCACACAGCCAGCACAGCCGCCGGAAACUUUGUGAAAGGUGCCCAUGUUUUUGGCAAUGCCAAUGGCACCGCGGUUGGUAUGGCGCCUCUUGCUCACUUGGCCAUUUACAAAGUAUGCAGCUCUGGAUGUGGUGACAGUGACAUAUUGGCUGCAAUGGACGCCGCUAUUGAGGAUGGCGUUGAUGUACUUUCUCUCUCCCUUGGUGGAAUUUCCAAUCCUUUCUACGAUGAUAGCAUUGCACUUGGUGCAUUCAGUGCAAUGCAAAAAGGCAUUUUUGUAAGCUGUUCAGCUGGUAAUCGAGGUCCUUUCAAUGCCUCAGUAGCGAAUGACGCCCCAUGGAUUCUCACUGUUGGUGCAAGCACUAUGGACCGAAGCAUAAGGGCAACUGCACUGCUAGGAAACAAUGAGGAGUUCAACGGCGAAUCACUUUUCCAACCAAAAGAUUUCCCUUCAACUUUGUUGCCUCUUUUUUACCCAAUAUUUAACAGUAGCCAAAUAAUUCAAUCAGCUCAAUUCUGCGACACAGGAUCAUUGAACAAUACUGAUGUUACAGGGAAGGUAGUGAUUUGUGAGGUUGGUGGCGGGAUAUCAAGAGUUGCCAAAGGACAAGCUGUGAAGGAUGCCGGUGGAGCCGCUAUGAUUCUCAUUAAUCCAGUGUCCAGAGGCUACACUCUCGCAGCUGAAGCUCAUGUCCUUCCUGCAACAUAUGUUAGUUAUGCUGACGGAUUGAAAAUCAAAGCCUAUGUAAAUUCAACGUCAAGUCCAAUGGCUACAAUCUUAUUCAAGGGAACUGUAAUUGGAGCUAAUAAUGCUCCGAUGGUUUCUUCUUUCUCUUCCAGGGGCCCUAGUCCUGCUAGCCCAGGAAUUUUGAAGCCCGACAUUAUAGGCCCUGGUGUGGAUGUUCUUGCUGCAUGGCCUAUCUCUGUGGAAAACAACACCAAUACAGAUUUGACAUUUAACAUUAUUUCAGGUACUUCAAUGUCAUGUCCUCAUCUUAGUGGCAUCGCAGCUUUGCUCAAAAGUGCUCACCCCAAUUGGUCUCCUGCUGCCAUCAAGUCCGCGAUCAUGACUACUGCUGAUCAGCUAAAUCUUGAUAACAAUUCCAUUCUCGAUGAAAGGCUACUUCCAGCGAACAUCUUUGCCACUGGUGCAGGCCAUGUCAACCCAUCGAGAGCCAAUGAUCCUGGGCUUGUUUAUGAUCUCCAGCCUAACGAAUACAUUCCUUACUUAUGUGGUUUGAAUUACACAAACAGACAGAUUGGUGUCAUCACACAACAGAGUGUGAAUUGUUCAGUGGAAUCAAUCAUACCUGAGGCACAGCUAAACUACCCUUCAUUUUCUAUCACACUUGGGUCUACUAACCAUACAUAUACCAGGACGGUGACUAAUGUUGGGGAGGCAACUUCAACUUACACUGUCGAGAUUGUUCCACCACAGGGAGUUGAUAUGAGCGUUACGCCCUCCAGGUUGGACUUCACAGAGGUGAACCAGAAGAUGACAUAUCAAGUUACAUUUAGCAAAUCAAUCACAGGCGGGAAUUACACAUCUGCUCAAGGAUUCUUUAGGUGGACUUCUGCCAAAUACGUUGUUAGAAGCCCAAUUUCUGUUAUGUUCCAGUAA